AUGGGAGCUAUCAGCCGGACGAGAUGGGCGUCCGCCCCAGCACCACUCAUUUGCACGGUCGUGGCACUGCUCGGAGUGUCAGAUGCUCGGAAUCCCACGUCUGACGUGCCCAUCUACACCACCUCUGAUGUCGACGUAGGGGCGGAGCGCCGUUGGACGCUUGUGCUGGAGUACGAUGCUACAGAUGAAGAGCUGGGUGGCAUUCGCCAGGAGUUUAACAACGGGCAGCACAGCCAUCCCGGCAGAGGCCAGAUGCCAUUUGUGGUGGGAAGCAUGACCAGAAACUCUCUCAAUGCGCUGUUGGCGAGGCACAAGGGGCAAGUGAGGUUUGUUCAAGAGGACCAGUUUUCGAAAAGGGUCCCAGACAUGGAGACCGUCGAUUCAGAAGACGUGUACUUGGAGGGGCGAGCCUCCCGGACUUAUCCAUGGGGCAUCCAGUACAUCGGCGCGAACGCGGUUUGGGGGUCGGGGCGCGGGAGUACAUGUGUACGUGCUGGACACGGGCAUUCGCAUUACCCAUAA